UUCCGCGGGGGCUGCUGCGUCUCGCCGGCUGCUAACAAGUCCCCAAGUUGGCGCGGGGGGCGCCCGCCUCCCGGCCUUCCUGCUCCCUCCUCCUCCCCUCGGCGGCCGGCAGAGGCUCCGGGCUGCGGAACGGGGUGGCGGAGCCGGACCCGGCAGGUGGGGAGCCGCGCCGAGCUGGCCCCGCAGCCAAGGCCCGGGAGCUGCGCGUCGGCGCCCGCAUCGCCGGGACCUCCGGGCUCGCCGGGCUGCGCGGGGCCGGGGGCUGUGCGGAGCGGGGUCCGGGCGCUGACCCGAGCGGGGUCGGGCGGGCUGCGGCGCGGGGCUGAGCCGGGCGCGCGGCCGGGAGAGCGCGGACAGUGACGGCCGCAGCCCGCAGCCCUGGAGAUGACCAGGAGCGGCCACUGCUGAGAACUAUGUGGAGGGAGACUGCGAGCCCUGCUGCAGAGCCUCGGGCCGGGAUCGCCGCCCCCCGCGGGGGCCAUGCGGACGGCGCGGGACCUGGGCAGCGCGCGGGGGCCCCGGCAUGCGGGAGCCCGCUGAGCCCGGCGGCUGCUGAGGCCGAGAUGCCCGAGCGCGCGGCGCGCCCCUCCGCUUCCCGCACCUGCCCCGGCUACAGGGACCCUCUGCGGAGAGGAUGGGUGCACUGGGCUGCUGGCCGCUGCUGCUGCUGCCCGCCCUGCUGGCGUGGCCCGCGGUGGGGGACCCGGGUGGCCCGGCGCUGACGGUGGCUGUGCUGCUGGGUCACAGCCACGACGUGACGGAGCGCGAUCUGCGGACGCUGUGGGGCCCCGAGCAGGGCGCUGGGCUGCCGCUGGACCUCAACGUGGUGGCGCUGCUGGUCAAUCGCACGGACCCCAAGAGCCUCAUCAACCACGUGUGCGACCUCAUGUCUGGCGCACACAUCCACGGGCUGGUGUUUGGGGACGACACGGACCAGGAGGCCGUGGCCCAGAUGCUGGACUUCAUCUCCUCCCAGACCCUCGUGCCCAUCCUGGGCAUCCACGGGGGCGCGUCGAUGAUCAUGGCUGACAAGGACCCCACGUCCACCUUCUUCCAGUUUGGCGCGUCCAUCCAGCAGCAGGCCACGGUCAUGCUGAAGAUCAUGCAGGACUACGACUGGCACGUCUUCUCGCUGGUCACCACCAUCUUCCCCGGCUACCGCGACUUCAUCAGCUUCGUCAAGACCACGGUGGACAACAGCUUCGUGGGCUGGGACAUGCAGAACGUCAUCACACUGGACACGGCCUUCGAGGACACGCGGACGCAGGUGCAGCUGAAGAAGAUCCGCUCGUCCGUGGUCCUGCUGUAUUGCUCCAAGGAGGAGGCCGUGCUCAUCCUCAGUGAGGCGCGGGCCCUGGGCCUCACCGGCUACGACUUCUUCUGGCUCGUGCCCAGCCUGGUGUCGGGCAACACGGAGCUCAUCCCCCCGGAGUUCCCGUCAGGCCUCAUCUCCGUCUCCUACGAUGACUGGGACUACAGUCUGGAGGCGCGCGUCCGGGACGGGCUGGGCAUCUUGGCCACCGCAGCGGCCGCCAUGCUUGACCGCUUCUCCUACAUCCCUGAGGCCAAGGCUGGCUGCUAUGGGCAGGCCGAGAAGCAGGACGGCCCGCCGCACACCUUGCACCAGUUCAUGGUCAACGUCACCUGGGACGGCAAGGACCUGUCCUUCACGGAGGAGGGCUACCAGGUGCACCCCCAGCUGGUCGUCAUUGUGCUCAACAAGGACCGUGAGUGGGAGAAGGUGGGCAGGUGGGAGAACCAGACGCUGAGUCUGCGCCACGCGGUGUGGCCCAGAUACAAGUCCUUCGUGGACUGCGAGCCCGACGACAAGCACCUGAGCGUCGUCACGCUGGAGGAGGCCCCCUUCGUCAUCGUGGAAGACGUCGACCCGCUGACUGAGACCUGCGUGAGGAACACCGUGCCCUGCCGCAAGUUCGUCAGGAUCAACAACUCCACCAACGAGGGCGUGAGCGUCAAGAAGUGCUGCAAGGGCUUCUGCAUCGACAUCCUCAAGAAGCUGUCGCGGACGGUCAAGUUCACCUACGACCUCUACCUGGUGAUCAACGGCAAGCACGGCAAGAAGGUGAACGACGUGUGGAACGGCAUGAUCGGCGAGGUGGUGUACCAGCGGGCCGUCAUGGCGGUGGGCUCGCUCACCAUCAACGAGGAGCGCUCCGAGGUGGUGGACUUCUCCGUGCCCUUCGUGGAAACGGGCAUCAGCGUCAUGGUCUCCAGGAGCAAUGGCACUGUCUCCCCGUCUGCAUUCCUCGAGCCCUUCAGUGCGUCCGUCUGGGUGAUGAUGUUUGUCAUGCUGCUGAUUGUGUCUGCCAUCGCCGUCUUCGUGUUUGAGUACUUCAGCCCUGUCGGCUACAACCGGAACCUGGCCAGGGGGAAAGCCCCCCACGGCCCCUCCUUCACCAUCGGCAAGGCCAUCUGGCUGCUCUGGGGCCUGGUCUUCAACAACUCGGUGCCCGUGCAGAACCCCAAGGGGACCACCAGCAAGAUCAUGGUGUCCGUGUGGGCCUUCUUCGCCGUCAUCUUCCUGGCCAGCUACACAGCCAAUCUGGCCGCCUUCAUGAUCCAGGAGGAGUUUGUGGACCAGGUGACGGGCCUCAGCGACAAAAAGUUCCAGAGGCCUCACGACUACUCCCCACCCUUUCGCUUCGGCACGGUGCCUAAUGGGAGCACGGAGAGAAACAUCCGGAACAACUACCCCUACAUGCACCAGUACAUGACCAAGUUCAACCAGAAGGGUGUGGAGGACGCCCUGGUCAGCCUCAAGUCGGGGAAGCUGGACGCUUUCAUCUACGACGCGGCCGUGCUCAACUACAAGGCCGGGCGGGACGAGGGCUGCAAGCUGGUGACCAUCGGCAGCGGCUACGUCUUUGCCACCACGGGCUACGGCAUCGCCCUGCAGAAGGGGUCACCCUGGAAGAGGCAGAUCGACCUGGCCCUGCUGCAGUUCGUGGGUGACGGCGAGAUGGAGGAGCUGGAGACGCUGUGGCUGACGGGCAUCUGCCACAACGAGAAGAACGAGGUGAUGAGCAGCCAGCUGGACGUGGACAACAUGGCGGGCGUGUUCUACAUGCUGGCGGCCGCCAUGGCGCUCAGCCUCAUCACCUUCGUGUGGGAGCACUUGUUCUACUGGAGGCUGCGCUUCUGCUUCACCGGCCUCUGCUCUGACCGGCCCGGCCUGCUCUUCUCCAUCAGCAGGGGCAUCUAUAGCUGCAUCCAUGGUGUGCACAUCGAGGACAAGAAGAAGUCCCCCGACUUCAGCCUGAGCGGCUCCCAGAGCAACAUGCUGAAGUUUCUGCGCUCUGCCCGCAACAGCUCCAUGUCCACCUCGCACCUCAGCGCCUCGCGCCUGGGCUCCCCGAAGCCGCCCCGCGGGCCCCCGGUCCUGGACGCCGCCGACGGGCCCCUGGCGGAGCGCCCCGAGCCGCACGGCUUCCCGGGCGGCCGCUGCCCCGAGACCCUCGGAGGCUACGUGUUCCCCGGCCCGCAUCCGCUGACCCUGGACGAGGCGAACCCCAACUCGGUGGAGGUGGCCCUGAGCGCCCGGCCCCGGGCUGGCUCGCGGCCGCGGCAGCUCUGGAAGAAGUCGGUGGACUCGCUGCGCCAGGACUCGCUGCCCCAGAACCCCGCGGGGCCGCGGGACGAGCCUCCCCCCGAAGCCCACGCCCACGCCCUGCUUGGCCCCCGCUUCCUGCCCGAGGACGCCGCCCUCUCCGACAUCUCGGACACGUCCGGCCGGGCCCCCGAGGGUGGCAGGAACCCCAAGGCCAAGGACGCCUCGCGCAGGGUUCCCAAGCUCCCCAAGGUGGGCGACGGGGAGCGCCCCCCACCCUACCCGAAGGCCCGGGCUGGCUCCCCCCGCGACCGGGACGGCGUCUACACCAUCGACGGCCGGGUGGACCCCGGCGGCGGCGGCUUCCGCCUGGACGUGCCCCCGGCCUACGGGGACAGCCUGGGGGUGCCCGGCGACGGGGACUUCCCCCCAGAGCCGGAGCCGGGGGACGGGCCGCCCCAGCAGGAGCCCCACCGGCCACACGCCAAGCCCCCCGCGCCGCAGCUGCAGGAGAAGGGGUCCCCGCGCGGCGGAGGGGGCGGCCCCACGCACUGCCGGGGCUGCCUGGCCCACCUGCCCGCCCACGUCACGCUGCGCUCGCCCUUCAGGUGCGAGGCCUGCCCCCGCUCCGGCCGCCUGUACGACAUCGAGGAGGACCAGGCGCUCCCCCAGCCUGCGCCGCGCCUCAGCCGCCAGCACUCCUGCGACAGCAUCCUGGAGCGGCCGCCGGAAUCGGGCCGGCCCGCCCGGAGCACCAGCCUCAAGGACCACGAGCAGCUGCUGGACGGCCAGCUCUACGGCAGCCUGGUCGGCGUCCCCUCCGGCCGCCCGUCAGUCCCGCGCGGCCCCGCCCUGCCCCGCGGCCUGCAGGACGCCUACCGCAGCCGCUCCCUGCUGCCGGACCCCGGCUGCGCCAACCCCUUCCUCCGCGCACCCGGGGACGACCCCCGCCUGGCCCUGGGCAGGUGCCCCUCGGACCCUUACCGGCAGCCCCCGCCCUCGCAGACGGCCGGCGACGGCUACCUGCGCCUGUCCUUGCGGUCCACGGGCUCCUGCUGCUCCUGGGACGCGGGCGGCCACGGCGACCCCUAUGCGUCCGCGUCCCUGUCCGAGCGUGUCUUGCCUUACCUGGCCGGCAGGAACGGCCUGUACUCGGCGCCCAGGGCUAACACCUACGGCAGCAGGCGCGUGUACAGGAAGAUGCCCAGCAUCGAGUCCGACGUCUAGGCCCGGGGGCAUGCAGAGGCUGGGCCUUAGGAGGUCUCUCGCUAGCUUCUCUCUCUCUCUUUCUCUCUCUCUGUCUCUCUCUCCUUCUCUCUGUUGCUUCUUUUGCACACGGCGUCACGCCCUGGUCUUCCACGUGAGGGAGGGGUCCUGGGGGCUGUGCUCCUGAGGGUCCCAAGGAGCAGUGAGCCCGUAACCAAAAAAAAAUAAUAAUCAAGGAGAGCAAACAGCCGGGGA